AUGACCAAAGUGAGCCCCCAAGAGCUAGACUUCUUCAGGUCCGAGUCUUCGACCAAGAAGUGGCUCGAUGAUCCUCGUUACACCCCCAUUGUCACAGCCGCCCGGGUUGCAAUCACUGACAAGGAAGACGAAUUCUUGGGCAAGACUCUCCAGACCAACGACACAAUCAAAAACUGGCUGGCACUGGUAUCAAACAUCACUUUUCCCCCACCCGGAACGAGCUCGCCGAGUGAGGGAUCAGGCUCAUUGAUGACCACGACGUCCGGCGUGGAAUGCCCGGACGUUCUCAUCUUGUUUCGCCUGGAGUCCGGUGUGAAUGGCUUUCGUGACACUGCUCAUGGCGGACUAUUGUGUACACUGAUGGACGAGGCACUGGCAAUGGUUGUCGAGCUUUAUCGAGCCACAAGCUCGUCAUCUCGAGAAGAGCUGUACACAGCCAGACUCAACGUCAGCUUUCGUCGGCCGGUUAGGACUCCGGGCACGGUGAUCGCCAAGGCCUGGCUGGAGAAGAGGGAGGGGAGGAAAUACUUGCUCAGCGGCUUGCUGGAGAAUAGUGUAGGAGAGGGGUGUGUUGAAGUCGACGGGCUAUGGGUAGCGACGGUGCAACGACGGCUAUGA